AUGGAUGGCACCCAGGGCGCAGGCCCUCAGCAGAUGGUCCCUCAGCACUCAAACCUGAUUCGGACGGACCAGGUGCAGAAACUCCCUCAUCUCAACGAUCAGCAGAAAGUUCAACAUACCCAGCUAGUAAGAAAUUUCUGGGAAAUCCUCAACAGUCGCGAUCCACAAUCCGCUGAAUAUCAGCAAGCACACUCGAGGUUGUCGCAACUUUCCCAGUCGUUGAUGAAAGGCAUGAGAAUGUACCAACAGAACCGACAGCUACAGCAUCAGCAGAUGCAGGCUGCCUCUGCUGCGGCACAGGGACAACCGGUCCAACGAUCGCAGUCUGUCAACCCGCAGAAUUUCGGCCAGCUUCUUCCGCAGAUCCAGCAAAAGGUCAAUUCGCUGUCGCUCUUCCUCCCCCCAAACAUCUCAAGUGAACAAGCGCAGACAUGGCUCCCGGAAGCUAAACUUCGAUACGGUAUUGCGCUUCAGAAGCAGGAGAUCGGACGAGUCCGCUUGGGCGAGUUACGCCAGCAAAUCGCACAGCGCCAAAGCAAUGGGAGCCUAUCGGCGGAAGAGAUGCAGGAAUUCAAAAACCGUCAGAUGCAGGCCGAUAAACUUUUCCGCGAAGGAAGCGAGUUCCUGUCGAAAUUCAAAGAGCAGCAAGACGUCUUCAAAGCCCAGCAACAGAGGACAGGCGUGCAACCACAGCCAGUUCCACCACAAGGAGCUGCUAGGCCACCCACGACUGCCCCGGUGGCUCCAGCUGGGUCAACGACAGCUCCUGCCUCGGUCCAUACUGGGCAAGCACCGGCGCCAGCUGCUCAUACAAUCAAUUCUGCUGUGAGCGCUGCACGAAAUCAGGCCGCACAGGCCGCAAUGUCCCCCGCCACUUCUCAUCCGGGCCAAGCUCCUGCUACUCAGGGCGCCCCUACUGCACCUGCCGUUGCUCCUACGGCGCCCCAGCAGCAACCUCCGCAGGCACAACCGCAAGGCCAACCGCAGCAAGGUGGUCCAGGGUUCAACCAGCCGCCUGCUCCCGAUGGCUCGACACCGACCUCUUCCACUGCACAGUCCACAAAUGCCCAGGGACAACCCCCGCGACCUUUGUCUCAACAAGCCGCAAUGGCGCAAGCCGCACAAAGCUACUCGACUAACACCACGGCAAAUGGAACCAACAAUGCCAACGCCGGUCAACCACAGAACAUGAGUCAGGCUGCUGCCAACACUCACGCCCAUCCUCCUGGUUACAUACAAAACCGGUCAACUGAAAACUCAGCCCGUAAUAUCAACAUGGUUAUUCCCAAGAACCUGAAUGUGCCCCCUCCAAAAGCGGUCCCGAUGGCUCCAGAUCGCCCGACUUUGUCUAGCGGUCCUAGUCACGGCGCCAUGGGCAUGAUGGGCCAGCCUGCAAUCCAGAAACAUCCCGGCUACGUCCUUGAAGGCGAAGGACAGAGAGUCCUCAGCAAGAAAAUGCUCGACAUUCUAGUUCGACAGGUAACUGGCGGAGGAGAAGGCGAGGGGCUCACCCCAGAUGCUGAGGAGUUUGUCCUUCAAAUGGCAGACGAUUUCGUCGACGAUGUCAUUACUGCCGCCUGCCGUCUUGCUAAGCUUCGCCACUCGUCCACGCUUGAGAUCCGGGAUAUCCAGCUCGUUCUCGAACGAAACUACAACAUGCGCAUCUCAGGGUUCGCUACAGAUGACCUUCGCACCGUCAAAAAGCCACAACCGACGCAAGGCUGGACACAGAAGAUGUCGGCUAUCCAAGCCGCCAAAGUGACUCAGGGCAAGGCAGAGUAA